GACCGGCGCAGGCCUCCAGCAAUUUGAACAGUUUAACUGCAAACAUGGAUAUCAGACCAAAUCAUACAAUUUACAUUAACAAUAUGAAUGACAAAAUUAAAAAAGAAGAAUUGAAGAGAUCCCUAUACGCCCUGUUUUCUCAGUUUGGCCAUGUGGUAGAUAUUGUAGCUUUAAAGACCAUGAAGAUGAGGGGGCAAGCCUUUGUUAUUUUUAAGGAACUGGGCUCAUCCACAAAUGCCUUGAGACAGUUACAAGGAUUUCCAUUUUAUGGCAAACCAAUGCGAAUCCAGUAUGCAAAAACAGAUUCGGAUAUAAUAUCUAAAAUGCGUGGCACUUUUGCUGACAAAGAAAAGAAGAAGGAAAAGAAAAAAGCAAAAACUGUGGAACAGACUGCAACCACUGCAAGCAAAAAGCCUGGUCAGGGAACACCAAAUGCAGCAAAUACCCAAGGAAAUUCAACACCAAAUCCUCAGGUCCCUGAUUACCCUCCAAACUAUAUUUUAUUCCUCAACAAUUUACCAGAAGAGACUAAUGAGAUGAUGUUGUCUAUGCUGUUUAAUCAGUUUCCGGGCUUCAAAGAAGUACGUUUGGUACCCGGAAGGCAUGACAUUGCUUUUGUUGAAUUUGAAAAUGAUGGACAGGCUGGAGCUGCCAGGGAUGCUUUACAGGGAUUUAAAAUCACACCGUCCCAUGCCAUGAAGAUCUCAUAUGCCAAAAAAUAACAUAUGGCAUAGUUG